AUGACAAAAGAAACACCAUCUAUGACUGAUGAUACUGCAUCAAAUCAGUCUGACGACGACCAGACAUUUACUAAAGAUAGCAGAGUUUUAAAUUUUACAACGACCGACAACGAUACAAAUGAAAAGCGAAAACCGAUUCGCAAUCCUCAAUCGCAUCGCAUUAUUGAAAAACGACGUCGUGAUCGAAUGAACAAUUGUUUGGCAGAGUUAGUCAAAUUGAUACCACCACAAGGAAAAUCACAGGGUCAACGUCGUAUUGAAAAGGCUGAAGUGAUUGAAAUGGCCAUGAAAUAUAUCAGAAUGUUAAGCGAGCGCGUCAGCGAUCAAAAAGAAGUAGUUGAUGAUAAAAGUCUGGUUGUUAAUAGUUGUGAUAGUAAUGAUAAAGAUCAAGGUCAACUAACUGUAAAUACGGAUAACGAUGAUUGUAAAACUAAUACAAUCCAUGCCGACAUUUAUCGUGAUGCUUAUCAACAUAGUAUCCAGGAAACAUUGAAUUAUUUUUCAACAAAACUUGAUCAAAACGAGGAGAAAAAAUUGGAAGAACAUUUACUGAGCAAAUAUGAUGAAAAUAUUUCUAAACUCGUAUCAUCUAAUUUACCGCGAUCUGAAACAGCUUCCAUCGAUCAAUUUUUACGUAGGAAACGACGAUCUAAUUCAGUGGAAUCAUUAAAUGAAACAACAACAACAACAACAACAACAACAACAAUGACGGUGACUAAUGAGGGAAGAAAAAGAAGUCGUAAUCCAGAAGUUAUUGAUAUAACCAGAGAAGAUAAUAGUCGAAUAAGUAAAUCGGAUAUGGAUAUAUUAAUAAAUAUGAAUGAAGAUUCAUCAGGCGCGAACGAAACAAAUAAUGAAUAUAAUAGUAAUACACGAUCACAAAAUACUCAAAAUGAUUUGAAUAUUCAAUCGCAUCAGUCAUCAGGCUCCUUGAAAUCUAACUCAAGAGAUAAUGAAUCAGAGAAUUACACUGGAAAUCCCUCGUCCUCAGCACCGGCAUUUGUUUUACAUCCUUCAGGUACUUAUUAUAUUCCAAUGGCUAUUGAUACUUCAUUAGUUGCUCAUGCAUUUGAACAAAAAGAUCUCCAUAAUCCAUUUUCUCAUAUUCGAUCCGGCAAGGAUUGCCAUACUAAUGAUGAAAGCUUAUUAUGUCAUCCAAUUAGCAUUCCAGUUAAUUUUCAUUGUAAUUCCGCUUCAUAUACAGUUACAGAUAGCAUAGAUAUUCAAAAUAUCAAUGUUGUUGGCACGAGACAUCGGACAUAUGUACGACCAUAUUAG